ACAACAACUCAACAACACAUUGAAUCAUCCCGAUGCACUGCGCGAGGCGCGCCUGGCAACAUUACACAGCGUAUCCGAGCAUCCGUGCUGUGUGUGUGCCCUCUUCUUUCUCUUAACGUCAUUCAACUGGUGUGCACUCGAAGCUUUCUAUCUAUCCCUUGUGUCCUCAUAUCAUCGAGCGUUCCGUCUCAUCGAGCACUUCAUCUGACACCUAUCUGUGCCCUCGCCGUUGUGUGUCUUGAUUGCGAAUAGCCUCACUCACUUCGACCCGACAGUGGGGAGCAGUCAUGGAUAAAAGAGCCCGCAUUCCCGUCACUCUCCCGGUGGCCAACCCGACCGAGAGCUACUGGCACCACACCCCCUCCCGCCUCUCAAACUACUGCUCGAGCGCAUCACUGCCCUCAGAGACCGACACGCUGAUUAUAGGAAGCGGUAUCACGGGCGCUGCUGUGGCCCACUUCCUCCUCGCCUUGCCCUCUGCCGGGGCCUCCUCGCAACAAACGCCAUCGCCUCCCGACAUCACAAUGUUGGAAGCCCGCACCGUGACCUCGGGCGCAACAGGUCGCAACGGCGGCCACACAAAAGCGGCGUCCUACAGAUCGUUUCUCCAUCAUGCAGCCACUCUCGGCACCGAGGCCGCAUGUCGCAUCGCGCGUCUCGAGCUCGCCAACAUCCGCGCCGUCCACGCCUUCGCGGCAACUCAUCUCAAGGACUGGGAGACGGAGAGCAGACCCUGCCAGACGGUCGACGCGAUCUACGACGCCGUCCAGUGGGAAACGGCGAAACGGGCCAUCGAGGCGAUGAGGGAAGCCAUGCCGCGCGAAGACGCUUCGAAGUACGAUCUCUACGACGCCGACGAGACGCAAAGCCGGUUCCACGUCUCGGGCGAGGGGCUCCACGGGGGUGUCGCGUACGAGGCGGGGAGCAUCUCGGCCUACCGGUUCGCCACCGGCGUGCUGGAGCUGUGCGUCGACAAGGGCCUGAAGCUCUUCACGGAAACGCCCGCGGUCAGCGUCGAGAGGCUCGACGGGACGGCCGAGAGCGGCCAUGGUCGAUGGGUCGUGCAGACGCCCAAGGGACGGAUCGCCGCGCGGAAGGUGGUGCUCGCGACCAACGGCUACACGGCAUUUCUCGACCGGCGGUUCCAGGAGGCCAUCGUGCCGACGCGAGGCCAGAUCGUGGCGCACCGGCCGGGCUCCAAGAUGCCCAAGGAGGGCCUGCCGACGACGUACAGCUUCAUCUACGAGGGCGGCUACGAGUACAUGGUCCCUAGGCCGGCGGGCGCGCCGUACGCCGGCGACAUCGUCAUCGGCGGCGGCCUCGUCCGAGCGCCGGACGAGGGGUUGGAAGAGUACGGGACGACGGACGACUCGCGGCUGAACCCAAUCAUCAGCUCGUACCUACACGAGACGACGCCACGGUACUUUGGCGACAACUGGGGCGACGACGAUGACGCCGCCGGGGGUCGGCUACGGGCCGAAUGGACGGGCAUCAUGGGCUUCAGCCCGGACGGGCUCCCGUUCGUGGGACAGGUGCCGGGCGGCGGCGGUGACAAAGAUGAGGGCCUCUGGGUCUCGGCGGGCUUCCAGGGGCACGGCAUGGUGUUCUGCUGGAUGUGCGCAAAGGCGCUUGUCGCCAUGAUGCUUGACGGGGCCGAGGAGGAGGAGGAGGAGGAGGAGGAGGGGGAGAAGCAGCGAAUCAGCAGUUGGUUCCCCGAGGCAUUUCGGAUCACAGAGGCACGACUGAAGCAGAGAUUCCAAGGGAGAGUGAACCAUUCGGCAUCGGGACCCUCCAAUGGGAGAGGGAACCCGAGCUAGGACAAGCUUGAAUCAAGAGACAAGCGACGGCUGCCUGGCGCCUUGGUUCCAGAAGCCAAGCUGCCUAGGCGCCGGACGACGGGCUAGCUGGCAUGCUCGUCGAGGGCUGGAAAUAGAGUUCGAUCGCGCCCGCCCUGGCCCCUUAGCUUAACCAUUCCCU